AGAUACUCGUACAUACCCAGUCUGCUGCCAUGGGGCCUAAAUUGUACACCGUAGGCAAUGGUUUUCUUGAAACGCACGUCACUUGGAAAGAUAUCGAGAGCAGUUUGCUAAAGGAUAGAGAGCUGAAGGUCAAGUUUGGUCCAAACAAGAAUGUUCGACAAGUUGGCGAGGGAACUGGAUUCAUGUCUCGCAUUGCUGUUAUUGAUGCUGAUUAUCAAAAAGAAGUCGACCUGCCCCAAAAGUUCGCAGUUAAGAUAGUAACCCUCCUGCCUUCGCUAGGAAUGGCAAAAUCUAUAAAAGAACGUCACGAACAGAAGUUUACCGAUGAAGAAGUUCUCGAUGAUUUUGCCAAGACUUCUAGAAAUAAUCACAAUCGUGAAGUGGAUAUCUACCAGGCCUUUUCAAAAUUCGACAAUUCAUUAUCGAAAAUGCCACAUGUUUAUUUCACGCAAAAAUUUACGAAGGACAAUGAUUUGAAAGGCUUUAUCGGAAUGGAAUUCAUUGAAAACGUUGUUGUUCGCGAUAUCUCUCAAAAUAUGGAACCUGAUGAGCUCUAUGAAGCUAUUGAUGCUUUGGCGUAUCUUGAAGCAAAAAGUUUGGAGCUCAACGAUGAAGAAAAACGAAAAGUAGCUAGCAAUCCUAUUCCCGUGAUUUAUCCACCACUAAUACACGCAACGGCUGUGUCUAAAAUGAUUCAAGAAAUUUAUGCUACAGCUCCAGAGCUUGAACCAGCUGGAAAAGUGCUUGAGACGAUGACUGCGGAAUUCGUUGAUUUGGAGCUGACCUCUGCUUUAAAUGAAGAAUUGGGUAUGCAAGACGUCUUUGUUCACGGUGAUCUUUGGUCGGCGAAUCUGAUAUGGACAAAUACAGCAAAUGGCUUAAGCUUGACCGGGAUAGUCGAUUAUCAGUUAGCACACUUCGGAUGUCCUGCAGAAGACCUCACUCGUUUAUUCAUAAGUACCAUGAGCGGGAAGGACCGUCGUAAGAACUGGGAGCGUUUGCUUGAAAAAUUUUAUGAAGACUUGCAGAAAUACUGCACAGGAAAUCUUCCAUUCACUCUUGACCAACUCAAAGAAUCCUAUCGGCGGAUGUUCCCUAUAGCAGGUGUACUAUUGUUACCCACUUUUGGCAAUGUAUCAGAAGAGAAUAGUGUUAAAAUGAAGGAUCUAUUGAAGGAGAAAAAACUCGCCCUUUUGGAAGACAUGCUUUUCUUUGCAAAACGCAAUCGAGACAUUCGACCAAGCACAAACAGCUUGGUACCCACAUGAAAUAUGAUAUUCUCAGUUUUAUAUCUUAGCGGGCAUUUGCUCACUUCUCCAAUUCUUCAUAUCGCUUAACGGCU